CCCGAUGUGGGCAAGUGUCCUGCUCCAGAGAUGAUCAUCUCAGGCAGGCGACGAUCUCGAUUCUCAUACUCCUGCUAGUAUCAAAAUACAGUCUACAUCCAAAGCGCACAUUGGAAUAGUUUCAUUUUCCUUACAUUAUCAAGUGACGGGGUUCGAGUAAGGUGGGCAGCACAUCUGAAAAGAUGAGAUCCUUGCCGAGCCCAAUGCAUAUUAAACGAUAAAAUGGGGAAAGUGGGAGAAAUAGCCUAUCGAGGCAAGCAUUCAAAAACCGCCCACACUGAUCAGUAAGAGGAUGUCAACGGCGAAUAAAAAUUAGAGACACAUAGAGUAGAAACCCGAAUGAUAUACCGCAACGCCCCCGAUAAAACCACGAUCCUGCGCAGUGCCCAUGCGGAACGAAGAAAGAUGAUUUCGUGAAAAGGAGUAUAUUGAGAAAAUCUCGAAGAGGACAAUGACCGAGCGGAAAACUGCCGCUAUCAGUCUGCUUUGUCUUCCUUCAAGUCUUUCGAAUACGCCUUUUGAAUAUGCCUGGAUGCUCUUCCAUCAAGCUCGAGCAUAAACAGAAUAUCUCGGACCUGUAUUCCAGCCCCAUUUUCCUUGUCCUCCCGCCAUGCUCCCAGUUGCUUACUCGGCACAGUAGCAGGCUCUCCGGGUCGUGGUGUUUUUUCUGUACUGACAGCCGCUGGCGUAGGGGGAUUAUUGAUGCGCGUUGGUGUGGAGAAACCACUUCCGGCUGCUGGGCCACGGUUGAGCCAGGAGUAUGUCUUCUUUUUUCCAAACAUUCCUCCCGACAUCAUAGUUUGGGUUGCCAUUCGUGCUGUUUCCACCGAUUGCUGAUGUUGCUGCGCUUCGUUCGCUUUUGCAUCCAUGAGUUUCUUGGCUUCUUUCUUGGAUAUCCCUUUCUUAUCAAUGCUGGGAGCUCUUUCGCCGAUCGGCGUCGAAGCGCCGGAACCAGGUAUAUCCGCUGAAUCAGGUCUAACUACUGAUCCGCCUUCGCCUAGAAUGGCUUCUGCGCUGCGUUUCGCCCGCUUUGCUGCUCUAGCCUCCUCGUAUGAGGCAUCCUUAUCUACCAGGAGACGGCAUUUAUCUGAAAGAGAUCUGGUCGUUGACUGAACGUCGGCAUGAGAUCCUGAGAUAUUGUCAGUCAACUCUCUAGUAUUUUGCUAAAAAGAGGAGCAGGGGAGUUACUUUUGAGGGAAGGUGUUUGAGGUCCAUCCCCGUGACCAUUCACGUUGUUACCACCUGUCGACGCGAGAUCCUUCCAAUCGAUCGGCACCAAUCCAUGUGAGUGAGCCCGCCUGCUUUGUGCGAGAGUAGAAGAAUAAUCGAUCACUGUCCGGAGCCUCUCCUCACAUGAUAUGGAUAAUAAAUUCAGUAUAUCCACGAGAGGUGCCCCUUCUUGAUUGAGGAUCGUCUGGCCGGUACGGACAACGGACGAACCAUCAGGCCCAGUAACCUCUAUAGGCUGUGGACGGCCUGGGACGGGAUGAAAGAGGCCUUCCGUAGGUAUACGUACUCCUAGAUCAAAGCCACGUUUCUGCAGUCUCUGUUCCAAUACCUUGGUCAACAGGAACGGUUCCUGUAGAUGGUAUUGUGCACGCCUGGCCGCCUCUGUGUCUUCGCGGGUCGGCUCAUUGGGAUCUCGAAAAGGGGCGGGGGGUUGUGUGGAGGGCUCGGUGUAAAAGGACUCCUGUGUGCCUGAGGGCUUGUAUUGUGAGGGCUCACUAAAACUCUGUGUCGCGGAGACUGUUCCGGUAGUUGAAGCCUGGGAGGCAAAAGAGGUAUUGAGAGGAGGGAGUUGCUGUUGCUGUUGUUGCUGCUGCUGCUGCUGAGGAAGCGGCUGUUGAGGACGGGGUGGCUGUUGUGCUUGAACGCCCGGACCAGAAUAACUACUUGUGAGAAAGGCUUCCUCUUCCCUCACAUCGAUACCGGAUGACGCCAACACAUCUGUGAGUUCGGCUGCAUCUGUGGCUUUUUCAACUGGCCGAGACGGGGGACCCAUUGUGCCGGGAGGUGGUGGGGGUGCCGGCGUCUGUGUUAUUCCAUUUGUAUUUGUUCCGUUCACUGGGAGAGGUUGGCUUUGUGGGAGUUGUAAGGUUCCGAAGCUCGGUGAGGCAUAAGGUGACUGUGAGGAUUGAGGGAGAGGGGAGAGCCGUUGUCGCUUGUUCGGCGGUGGAACACUUCCAUUGAUGGGAGACGGAGCGGGCGAGGGAGAAGAGCCCGGAGGUGAAAAGGAUUGGGAGAACUGCUGAGGUUGGGUUUGCGCCAUGUUGCUGGCUUUGGCCUCCAGCCCUGGGUGAAGUUUAUACGUAGUAACGCGAUGGUAUUUCCUCAGUUACCAAGAUAUGCUUUUGCGCGUGAGUUGAAGGAGUGAUGCGGACUGCUGGAAACCGCCGCCGCCGCCACCUGUGACCAUCUCAAGACAUCGGAUCCAACAUUCAAUCGCGAUAAGCCGCCAGCAGAGACAUAAAAGGAAAUUGGAAGCCGUGGGUACGGUGGAAAAAUUGGCGUGAAUCGGGAUACUGCGCGUACGGAAAGGGAGCUCUGCCUUGACGAGGUUUUGCUCCCGCGACGAAAGUCCGCUGGCGGUAAGUCACGUGAUGGUUAGGUGAGAUCAAUCUGCCUGCCCUCUCCUGGAACGAAACCUUCAACCAUCUUGCCCCUACGCGGCGAACUCUCUACCUUUAUUUUUUUUUUUUUUUGUUUGAUUUGAGCGAGAGCUUCAGUGGUUUGCUAUAAGCUUUGUGUGAGCGCAUGCCAUGGCUUACCAAGUGAACGCUAAUUGAAGCCCUUCGAUUAACUGUGUCUUGCGCGGUUCUUGUUUGAUUGUUCUCCAAAGACUACUCAAGCUUCUAGCGGACAAACACAUCUCAACAUGGCUACAAAGCGAAAGGCUUCGGCGCUGAAUGCCCUUGGCGAGGAUGAACCGGUCGACCCGUCGGAUGAGCUCGCCUUUUACUGUUUAGGUGGUGGUAACGAAGUCGGCCGGUCAUGUCAUAUCAUUCAGUACAAAGGGAAAACAGUCAUGCUUGAUGCUGGUAUGCACCCUGCGAAAGAAGGCUUCUCUGCGCUCCCUUUCUUCGACGAGUUCGACCUGAGCACGGUAGAUAUUCUUCUGAUCAGCCACUUCCACGUCGACCAUUCAUCCGCGCUCCCCUAUGUCCUCAGCAAAACCAACUUCAAAGGCCGUGUAUUCAUGACGCAUGCAACAAAGGCUAUCUACAAAUGGUUAAUCCAAGACAAUGUGCGAGUGAACAAUACAGCGUCGUCGUCGGACCAGCGGACCACACUAUAUACAGAGCAGGAUCACUUGUCUACACUUCCGAUGAUCGAGACGAUUGACUUCAAUACCACACACACAAUCAACAGCAUUCGCAUUACACCCUUCCCCGCUGGCCACGUGCUUGGAGCUGCAAUGUUCCUGGUGUCAAUCGCGGGCUUGAAUAUUCUUUUCACAGGCGACUAUUCCCGCGAGGAGGAUCGCCACCUUAUUCCGGCUGAGGUUCCCCGAGGAGUGAAAAUCGACGUUCUCAUAACCGAAUCCACUUUUGGAAUUUCUUCUAACCCUCCUCGACUGGAGCGCGAAGCGGCUCUCAUGAAGUCAAUCACUGGCAUCUUGAACCGCGGAGGCCGAGUAUUGAUGCCUGUAUUUGCCCUCGGCCGCGCGCAGGAGCUCCUCCUUAUUCUGGACGAAUAUUGGGAGACACAUCCUGAAUUGCAAAAAAUCCCCAUCUACUACAUCGGAAACACAGCGCGAAGAUGUAUGGUGGUAUAUCAGACAUAUAUCGGAGCAAUGAACGACAACAUCAAACGGCUCUUCCGCCAACGAAUGGCAGAGGCAGAAGCCAGCGGCGACAAGAGUAUCAGUGCGGGACCGUGGGACUUUAGGUUCGUCCGGAGUCUACGUAGUCUCGAACGGUUUGAUGAUGUGGGAGGAUGCGUCAUUCUGGCGUCGCCGGGUAUGCUACAAACUGGUACAAGUAGAGAGCUAUUGGAACGAUGGGCUCCCAACGAGCGCAACGGCGUUGUAAUGACAGGUUACAGCGUGGAAGGCACAAUGGCUAAACAGCUUCUCAAUGAACCUGAUCAAAUCCCAGCUGUCAUGUCGAGAGCAGCCACCGGAAUGGGCAGGACCCGCAUGGGUGGUAAUGAUGAAGAGCAGAAAAUCAUGAUUCCCAGACGAUGCACUGUCGAUGAAAUCUCCUUUGCAGCUCACGUUGAUGGAGUCGAAAACCGGAAUUUUAUCGAAGAGGUUUCGGCUCCUGUUGUGAUUCUGGUCCACGGUGAGAAACAUCAGAUGAUGCGUCUCAAAUCUAAACUGCUCAGUCUCAAUGCAGACAAAACCGUCAAAGUCAAGGUCUACACCCCCGCCAACUGCGAGGAAGUCCGGAUCCCUUUCAGAAAAGACAAAAUUGCCAAGGUCGUGGGUAAACUAGCGCAAAUGACAAUCCCUACGGAGCAAGAGGAAGGGCCGCUCAUGGCCGGAGUUCUGGUUCAAAACGGCUUCGAUCUGUCAUUAAUGGCACCAGAUGAUCUCCGCGAAUACGCUGGUCUUGCGACCACGACCAUUACCUGCAGACAGCACAUCACGCUAAGCUCUGCAAGUAUGGAUUUGAUCAAAUGGGCUCUAGAGGGUACAUUUGGUGCUAUUGAAGAGAUCGGCAACGACACAAAGGAAGAGGACCGAGAAGCCGAGAUCAACGGAUCAAAACAGCAUGUGAAGGUGGAAGCUGCAGAUGAGGAGAUUCCUAUGGAAAAGCCGCAGACAUACCUUGUCCUGGGCUGCGUCAUAGUCCGAUAUCACCCUCGUACACGCGAGGUAGAGCUGCAGUGGGAAGGAAACAUGAUGAAUGACGGAGUGGCCGAUGCCGUCAUGGCGGUUCUCCUCACCGUGGAAAGCAGCCCGGCGUCCGUGAAACAAUCUGCUAAGCACAAUCACAAGCACCACCAUCACCACGAUGACGGGCUAGACCUGAUCAACCCACACGCCGCUCAGGAUGCCGAGGAACGAUUCGCCCGCCUCCUAAUGAUGCUAGAAGCGCAAUUCGGCUCUGACAUUGCGCCUAUCGAGCGGCCACGACUUCCUUCAACGGAGGACCGCCAGACAGCAACGAACGGCACCGCCAAGUCUGACUCCGAGGCCGCCUCCUCCGAAACCAAGGAUCUCCGUGAUGAUGCGACGAUUGCAAAACUUGAAGCGGCUGAACUCGCCCGUCUUCAAGCCAUUGGUAUCCCCGUCCCUGGCAUCGAGAUCAAAGUAGAUAAGCAUGUUGCGAGGGUAUGGCUGGAGGAUCUGGAGGUCGAAUGUGUCAAUGCAGUCUUAAGGGACCGAGUAAGGGUAGUGAUUGAGCGCGCUGUUGAGACUGUUGCGAGUAUGUGGUCUCUGAAUUCUUCGACUACUGCUACAAAUGGGGAUGUAGUCUCCAAGGGGCUGGAAGCCGAAGCUAAAGCUUAGUUCUGGAAUAUGUAUAAUAAGAGCGAAUCUAGUCCAAUAAUCUCCGACAUAGUCCGUAGAACAUAAUUCAUUAACCUUACCUGAAUCCUCAUCCUACUCGAGCAAACACUUCAUUAACGACUUUCCUCGUCGUCUCGACAAUAAUGUCAAUCUCCUCCUUGGUAACAUUAUACGGGGGUGCCAGAAUGACAUGAUCACCCCUAAUUCCGUCAGCAGUCCCUGAUGAAGCAUACAGCGAUAUCGCAUGUUCAGGCUUGAGCCCGGUCUCCUGGAUAAGAAGCGCCACUGUGAUCUCAGUGCUGAAUGGCUCUUUGGUCGUUUUAUCCUUGACAAACUCGAUCUAGAUUGAUUCCAGUCAGUAAGCAUCUUCCUAUGGUCAUACGAAGCUUGAAAUGGAAACAACUCACACCCCAAAACAAUCCCUUGCCCCUUAUGUCUCCAACGUAUGGAUGGUCUCCCAGGGUCUCCCUCAGUUUCUUCUCCAAAUACCCACCCAUACUCCGGACAUUCUCCAACAGACUCUCCUCUUUGAUGACCUUUUGCACCGCCAACGCGGCGGCACACGAGACCGGAUGACCCUGAUACGUUUGUCCAUGUCGGAAUGAACCGGUACCUUUGUCGAUAGCUUGCACGAUCUUAUCCGAGAUCAGAAGCCCCGACACCGGAGCAUAUCCACCCCCAAGGGCCUUCCCAAUUGUCUGCAAAUCCGGCACAAUACCUUCUUGCUCCCAGGCGUGAAGGGUACCGCAGCGACCCAUGCCGCUCAUAACCUCGUCGAGGAUAAACAGGGCUCCGUAUUUCUCGCAGACUGAUUUCAUCGCAGGGAAGUAUCCAGGGACCGCGGGGACGCAACCUAAAGC